AUGACGCUGCCUCUGCCUCUUUGGAAGGACAGGUCCUCCAGAGAGCACUAGCCACAGCAACUGUCCACCCUUGCAAAAAUCAUCUUCAUCAUGGCAUAUAAAGCAGCACAUUUGGCCUUUAAGUCACGCUGGCACAAGACAGAUGAAGAACUGUGUCGGCACAGCAUGUCCUUCAUCUUGCAUAAGGCGAUCCAAAAUGAUUUCUUUCAGAGUUACCUUUAUCUGCUGGAAAAGCUUCCCCUGGUGAAACUUUAUGCUUUGACAAGUCAAGUUAUCAAUGGGGAGAUGCAGUUCUACGCCAGGGCCAAACACUUCUACCGGGAGGUGCCAGCCACAGAAGAGGGCAUGAUGGGAGACUACAUUGAGCUCUCCAAUACAGACAUUGAAUCCUCCAGGGAGUUUCUCAGGAAAUUUGUUGGGGGGGUGGGGAAAGCUGGCACCAACCGCGCCCUGGACUGCGGCUCUGGGAUAGGUCGUAUCAGCAAGCAUGUCCUGUUACCAGUUUUCAAGAGCGUGGAACUGGUGGAUAUGAUGGAGAAUUUCCUGGCUGAGGUCCCGAACUACCUGCAGGGCAAGGAGGACAGAGUAGAGACGUAUUAUUGCAAAAGCCUCCAGGAAUUCACUCCAGCCCCACAAAGAUAUGAUGUCAUCUGGAUUCAGUGGGUUUCAGGAUAUCUGACAGAUAAAGAUCUCCUGGAGUUUCUCAUCCGGUGCCAGAAUGGCUUGAAGGAUAAUGGUGUUAUCAUUCUCAAGGACAAUGUAGCCAGGGAGGGCUGUAUCCUGGACUGUCUGGAUAGUAGUGUGAUCCGAGACCUGAACAUCCUCCACAGCCUCAUUGAAAUGAGUGGACUCACCAUCCUACGAGAGGAGAGGCAGGAGGGAUUCCCUGAGCAGUGUGUCCCUGUCUGGAUGUUGGCCAUGCAGAAAGGUCCUGGCCAUUCCUGA